GCCUUCCGCGUCGGAGGGGCCGACGCUGAGGGCUGGUCCCGCGAGAUGCUGCGGGGCGGAGCCUGAGUGCCACGUAAGGGCGAGCCUGAGGUAGCGGAUCCCAGGCACGCAGCGGCAGUACAAUGGCAGCCCCUCGCCUAGCGCGGAGCCGAACAGGACUCUGCAGCCCACUCGCAGUCAUGGUGGCCUGCGUGGUGUUGAUACCGACCGCCUCCCAGCAUGAGGACUUCCAUGGCCACUCGCACGAGGGCUUGCACCACGGGCACAGCCAUGCUGCCCACGGCCACUCGCAUGAGGACCAUGGCCAUGGCCACUCGCACAAGCACCCGGACCAUGGCCACAGCCACGCCGACCACGGCCACUCGCAUGAAGACUUCUCCCACGGGCACAGCCACGCUCACCAUAGCCACGUGCACGAGGACUUCCAUGACCAUGGCCACGUGCACGAGGACUUCCACGGCCAUGGCCACGUGCACGAGGACUUCCACGGCCAUGGCCACGUGCACGAGGACUUCCAUGGCCAUAGCCAUGCUCACCAUGGCCAUUCGCACAAUGACCUGCACCAUGGCCAUGAUCACUUGCACGUUGACAUCCACCUGGGUCAUGCCCACGAGGGUCUCCAUGGCCCUGGGCAGGCUGAUGCUAGGCACCCUGCAGAGGACUCCCCCAGCCAGCAGCUGCCACAGGAGCGGCUGGACCCAGUCCAGUUGUGGACCCAUGCCGUGGGUGCCACGCUGCUGAUCAGCGCUGCCCCUUACUUCAUUCUCUUCCUCAUUCCUGUGGAGUCCAACACGUCCCAGCACCAGGCCCUGCUCAAGCUGCUGCUCAGCUUUGCCUCAGGAGGGCUCCUGGGAGAUGCCUUCCUGCACCUCAUCCCCCACGCCCUGGUGCCCCAUUCCCACCACGCAGAGGGCAGCCACACCCACUCCCACCCACAGGUGCCUGGACACGGACAUUCCCACCAAGGGCCAGAGCAUGAGCAGAUGAUGUCAGUGGGGAUCUGGGUGCUGGCCGGGAUUGUUGCCUUCCUGGUGGUGGAGAAAUUUGUGCGACACGUGAAGGGGGGACACGGACAUGGGCACAGCCACAAUGGGCAAAGCCACGCCCCCAAGGCAAAGAGCAGCUCCGGAGAGGAGGAUGAGGGGCCCCGGGUCGAAGGGCUGCGGGAGAGGAAGGCCGGCCGGAGUGGUGUCCCCGACAUGGCAGUGCAGAGGAAGAGAGGCCAGGAGCGCGAGCCGGGGACCCUGGAGUCCACGAUGCGGGUGUCAGGCUACCUGAACCUGGCAGCCGACCUGGCACACAACUUCACAGACGGGCUGGCCAUCGGGGCCUCCUUUCUGGCGGGCACCGGCGUGGGGGCUGUGACCACGCUCACUGUUCUGCUGCACGAGGUGCCCCAUGAGGUCGGGGACUUCGCCAUCCUCGUUCAGUCUGGCUGCAGCAAGCGCAAGGCCAUGAGGCUGCAGCUGGUGACAGCACUGGGGGCACUGGCAGGCACAGCCUGCUCACUGCUGGCCGAAGGCAUCGGGGAGGCAGCCACGGCCUGGAUCCUGCCCUUCACGGCUGGCGGGUUCAUCUACGUGGGCACUGUCUCCGUCAUCCCUGAGCUGCUGCGUGACACCGCCCCACUCCAGUCCCUGCUGCAGGUCCUCGGCCUGGUGGCUGGUGUAGCCAUGAUGGUCCUCAUCGCCCACUACGAGUAGCCGGGGCGCUGGGGGGGAGUGAGGGUGAGGCAGGGGACCCAGCUGUCCUGAAGCCUCCCAGGGUAGAGGACUGGUGUCUGUAUUGGGGGUCUGCUAGAGACCUUGGGGCAGGGCCAGGCACAGGGCACCUCCCCCCCUCCCCCACCGAGGCAUGGCAGGGACCCAGGCACCCGGAGCAGGUGCUGUGCACCCCCGCGGCCCUGGAGCCGUGGGCAGGCUGGGGCGGCUCUGGGGGCAUUGCAUGACUCAGAGCCCUGCCGUUGUGGCCGGGGUGGACCCAGGCGCGGCAUGGGUUAGGGUGUGUGCGCCCACCUCGCCUGGGUCCUUGUCUAGCGGGGCAGGAAGCAGCUCACGCUCCAGGCGCUUCCUGGGGGCAGCGGGGCCCCCUUCUAGGCUGGGCUGUGGGGGCAGCAGGACUGCACUUGGGGGGGGGGUGAUGCCAGGCUCCUUUGCCCCCCACGGAGCGGGUUGGGGGUGGAGGGGCCUUCCUCUCGGGACCAGGGGGCGGGGGUUGUGGGGGAGGGGACAAGUGGACCCAGGCGCCCGGGUCCGUACCCCCCCCCCCGGUGUGUGUGCGGGGGGGGGCUGUGGGGGCGCGUUUUGUACGUGAUUGCGUCUUUUGUAAGGGGGGGGUCUGUGGCCGCUGUGCGAAUCAAGCAAUGAACGAAUUAAAGGAUC